AUGAGGGAUCUUGGUGGGAGGAGGGUGCAGGUGGUGCCUGUGUUUGGGAGUUUGCUCUUGGCAUUUGUGGUGCCAGGGAUGCAGACAGGAAUGGGGGCUUGGAGCAUGAAACACAAUCGGGAGCAGAAGGGGAGCUCAGUCCUGCCCUCCACGCCCUCCCGCAGGCUGCAGACGGGCUGGUCAGUGCACACGUUCCAGAGUGAGAAGCAGAGGAAGAUGCAGGCUCUGAGCCCCCAGGAGCUCGAGGCCGUCCUGGGAGUGAUCCGCAGGGCGGAGCGGCUGGACGUGCUGGAGCAGCAGCGCAUCGGGCGCCUGGUGGAGAGGCUGGAGAACAUGAGGAGGAACGCGAUGGGGAACGGCCUCUGGCAGUGCCUGCUCUGUGGGGAGAGCCUGGGGCUGCUGGGCAGCUCCUCUGUCUUCUGCCAGGACUGCAAAAAGAAAGUUUGCACCAAGUGUGGGAUAGAAACUGUUGGAGCCCAGAAACGUCCUCUGUGGUUGUGCAAGAUCUGCAGUGAGCAGAGAGAGGUGUGGAAGAGGUCUGGGGCGUGGUUCUACAGAGGGCUGCCCAAGUACAUCACUCCUUUGAAGAGCAGCAGCAGCAAACCCCAGGAGCUGCAGCCCCAGCCCUGGCAGGGCGAGGUGGCCGUGCCAGAGCCCGAAAGCAUCAGCAGCAGCCACUCCUUCACCUGGGCCAGGGGAAAAGUGGUUUCCAGUGACAGCGAGAGCGACUCGGAGCUCAGCUCCUCCAGCCUGGAUGACAAACCCGUCCCUGUGGGAUCACAAGGCUCCCAGGGGAGGAAGCUCCAAGCAGGAAUGGCACCCACCAGGGGACCCAGCCAGGCCACGGGCAGAGCCCUGGGGACCCCCCAGUCCCCCCCACUGUCGGGGAGCCACAGCAGCCUGGGCAGUGAGCAGGGGGCCGAGCUGAGCCCCACGGAGAGUGGCCAGAGUGACCAGCCCUGGGACAGGCACCACGGUGACACCAGCACCCCUGGCAAACGACGAGUGCACUGCAGAACACGACCCUGAUGGAGCUGAAGGUGGAGCUGAAGGUGGAGCUGCUUUCCCCUGGAUCCAGCACUGCCAUUCCUCAGAUCCCACUGCAGCCAGGAGCUGCUGCCAGGGGUGCCUUUGGGAUGGUGACACCUGGGGCAGCAGCUGCCUGUCCUCUGUGAGCCCAGGCUGUGGUUUUUUUGGGGAAGGGGUUCCUGGAGGUUGUGGUUGGGGUGAGUUUGGUGGAGCUGUGCUCCUGCUCCCUCCCUCUCUGCUCAGGGUACAGAAGCACUCCCAGCAGUUUGCUGUGAUUUUUUUCCCUCCCCUUGGCUGUGCCCUGGCUGGUGUGGGGCUGUGGGAUCAGGGCAGAUGUGUGU